AUGGUGGCUAUCCUCUUAUUCUGGUACCUACGGCGGCGCCGUCUCCACGCGGUUCCGACCCAGUCGCAUCCUUCGGUCAGGAGCAGUACCGCUCUCGACCUCAGUCAUCCUGCAUGCCGUGUCACACCCUUUGGGUCGCCUAGCGGCGACACAUCUUACUUCGUGCACGAACCAGGCGUCAACAUGCGCGUCGCUCACAGACUACCUGACGGCGGAUGGGAGUUUUCCGAAAUCCCGUCAGACAGUCCUGCGACGCUCGAGUAUACUCUUCCGCGACGCCUCUCGUUCUCCGCGCGCUCGACGCUAAGCUACUCAUCCAAAGAAAAGCUCAAGUUACAGCCUGGAGAGCUUACCACGCGUGGUUUUGUCGAAUCUGAUACCGACGCAGAUGACAUCCCUCCGCCUGCCUAUUGUCACACCGAACAUUCUUGCGUUACGUACUCCGAAUCGUAG